CUUUACCGACCAACGAUAUUCCUCCACUGUCGGUAAAGCAGUUUUAUAUUCUAACCUAGUUGUUUGUUGUUGUUGUUAUUUUGCAACCGCGAAAAAACAUUUUGAUAUUCGAUUUUAUCCAUAAUUUUGACAAAAUGUCUUCAAUUUUGAUUGAAUUCGCAGUGCAAAUGACUUGUCAAAAUUGCGUAAAUAAAGUGAAAAGUACACUGACAAAUGUCGAGGGAAUUAAAAAUGUUGAUAUAUCCUUGGAACGAGGAACUGUUGUUGUUGAGACAGAUCUUCCCUAUUCUUUAAUUCAGGAAAAAAUCGAGAGCACUGGGAAAAAAGCGGUUUUUAAAGGUUAUGGAGGCUCUGAAUCGUUUAGUGCUGUUACGAUGUUGGCCGGAAAUUCCGGCUACAGUUACGGCGAAAUUGCGAAAGGUGUUAUUAGAUUCGCACAAAUUGAUAAAGGUUGCAUAAUUGAUGGCACAAUCGACGGCUUAUCACCUGGUGCUCAUGGAUUACACAUUCACGAAUGCGGUGACAUUUCUCAAGGUUGUGAUAGUGUUGGCGAUCAUUUUAAUCCACAUAAUUCACUGCACGGUGGACCAGACGAUGAGUCUUCGAAAAGACACGUGGGUGAUUUGGGAAACAUUGUCGCCGAUGACUCUGGACGCGUGAGAUUUCGAAUUCUCGAUAAUUUACUAAAAAUCCCAGAAAUAAUUGGCCGUUCUCUUGUUAUCACGGAAAAACCCGACGAUCUUGGAAAGGGCGACAGUCCAAUGUCAAAAAUUGAUGGAAAUAGUGGGAAAAAACUCGUUUGUGGAAUAAUUGCAAGAUCCUCGGGAUUAUUUCAAAAUACAAAGCAAAUUUGCGCUUGUGAUGGUCUCACACUCUGGGACGAGAGGAAUCGAAGUAUUGACAAUCAAAAAACAAAUUCUAGUACGAUUAAUAAUUUAUGUACUAUUUCUUGACUUAAUUUUGUGCGUCAGUUUUUCCAUUUAUAAGCAAAAAACAAAAUUGUGAUAACUUUUCAAAAUUCCUUCCAGUAUUUCAUAUAUUUAAUUUAUAUUCAU